ACCAUAUGUUGUUUAUUCAAUAUUGACACAGAGAUUUCGACCCUCUGUCCCUUUGAGGGCAUAGUUACUUAUUGCCAGUGUCUUAGACUGUGACGAAACAACUGUCCAAUACACUUUUUGGUUUUCACUGGCUCUUUCAACUGAUGUCAGUUUAUAAUGGAAUUUAAGUGUGUAUAUCGUCCUGAAACCCCAAAAUGGUCAGAAUGUUAGUGUAUAUUAUCAGAUUGAAUAAAGUCUCAAUUAUCGAAAAAAAUAUUGUGUAUACCUACACCUGUCUGUAAGCAGCCUAUACUUUGAAAGAAAACAACAAUCCAUGGUACUAAGAGUGUAAUACUCUACCUUUAUUUGUUUGUAUUUUGCAAUUGUUGAGUAGUAUUCAUAAUUGUUAAUCCCUCUCUCUCUCUCUCUUUAUCUUUUGCAUUGUUUGUCUUCAUUCUCCAAUUUCAUUUCCCGAUUGUUUGUGUUGUUUGUUGUCGUAGAUGAGCCAGCGCCUACACGUCAAACAUCCAAUCAACUUGUCAAAACUCAUUUGAAUGAUUUAUGUAAAUCAAGAGUUUGGAGUGAUCUUCAACAUAGUCUUAGUAUGGCUACUUGGUGGAAUGAAAAUGCUAAAGUUUCUGAUUGUGAUGAUCCGAAGGAGAUGAUUACUACUACUACUACUACUACUACUACUACUACUACUACUACUACUACUACUACUACUACUACUACUACUACUACUACUACUACUACGGCGACGACAACGAAUACUGCUGCUACUGUUGCUGCUCGUCCUCCUCUUCCUUCAUGUAGUAGCCCUAUUGAAUAUGUAAAUAAACUAUUUAAUAAUAAAUAUGUAAAGAGAAAAGCAUCAACAACAACAACUUCGGAAACUAGUGGUAUUACACCUAAUAAACGUGUGUGUCCAUCACUAAACAAAGGUGAUUGCAACAACAACAGCGUACAAGGUAGUUGUCAUCGCAUUAUUGAAGGUGUUGGUGUUAGUGCUAGUGUUGGAGGUGAUGAUAAUGACCAACUGAGUUCAACUAAUAAUUCUGCUACUACUACUCCUUGUGUUGACGAGGGGGCGCAAGAACAGGUCAGCAGCGGCGGAGGAGGGACAUCACGUAGUUCUGAUGAUACAAAUGUUACUGAAAUGUAA